UCGCCGAGAGACAUUCGUGUCGCUUUCGCCAGCCGUACUCGUCUCACCGCACCGCAGUCCUUUACGUGCAACGGCGGGUUCAUGUCGCCGCCUAAUUGUCCCUCAAUGAACAACUACCAACUAAUACAGAAUAUCAAGAUACGUAGAGCUUUAUGGGAUAAAACGUUAUGGGAUAGAAUAGACACACCGGCCAGGGAGGUAAUUUGGGAGGACGUCGCCGAGCAAAUGAAAUCUACAAAAGAGAUUGUAAAAGCGAGAUGGAAAAAUUUACGCGAUUCCUACCGAAAACUACUUCUACGAGUAAUCGACAACCCCCAACUGUUGGGCACCCCAAAAUGGAGGUACUUCCAGCACAUGGACUUUAUCAAGGAUAUCGUACUGAGCACCAAGUCGAAAGUGCUAGAUAUAUCUCUGAAGGGCUCCGAAAUAGUAUCUAUUGAACCUGACUACUCCUCCGUCACAUUUGAGGGCACAAUGCAAGAGAGCAACGAGUCCAGUGAGGAUCCUUUGUCCAUAAACCACGACUUUUCACCCGAAUCUCCCGUAAAAGUAGAAAGGGGCGUUAAAAGAAAGCAAAGUAAUCAUGAAAACGGAACCCCACAAUCCACUCAUCAAUUAGACACUGACAGUGAAAUAGAAAACAGAGACGUGGAGGAAAAAUCGACCGCUAACUAUCCCAACGAUGAUGAUUUGCAAUUUCUUUUAAGUUUAUAUCCCCAUUUCAAACAGGUACCAAUGGCAAGGAAACUACCGUUACGUAUGAAGAUUGAAAAGAUUAUUCAUGAAGAAUUGUACGACGGACAAAGAGACAAUUCGUUUAAUGUUUUUUAGAUUAGUUUUGUUUUAGCCUUGGUUUUAAGAUUUUUUCUUAUGUACAUUGACUUUUGUAGUCAGAACUGAAGUAGAAUGUUAAAUUAUGUUAAAAUUAUAGUUGGUACGCAAUUAAUUGGA